AGGCCCGCUAAAGGCCCCGGGGCCAAGCCCCAGCCAGGAGCCGGCCACCUCCGGCCUGUCCCCUCCUCCGGCCCAGGGAUCAUGGCCAAGAGCGGGGCCCCGGCCUCCGACGCCCGCGUCAUCCAGGUGACCAUCAAGACGCCCAAGGACCGUGAGGAGUUUGGGCUGCUGGACAGCUGCACGAUCCAGCAGUUGAAGGAGAAGAUCUCCAAGCGCAUUAAAGCCCACCCGGAGCAGCUGGUCCUCAUCUUCGCGGGAAAGAUCCUCCGGGACCCGGACAUGCUGCGCCAGUGUGGGAUCCGCGACGGCCUGACCGUCCACCUGGUCAUCAAAGCUCCCAAGCGUGGCCUGCCCCAGCCAGCUCCGCCUUCCACCCGGGAGCUCCUGUCCGGCCGCGGCCCGGCGGGCUGCCUGGAGGAAGCCUCCCCUCCUGCGUGCGCGGGCCCGAACGGCCUCCCGGACCCUCGGGACCACCUCCCGGGACCGCAUGCAUUGGUGCCCGACCUGGUGGCCCAGAUUCUGGAUGACCCCUUCACCCAGGGCCUCCUGUCCAACACGAGCGCAGUGCAGCAGCUGGUCCUGGACCAGCCGCCCAUACAGCAGCUGCUGGAGCGGAAUCCCGAGGUGGGCCACCUCCUCAACAACCCGGAGAUCGUGCGCCAGACCCUCGACUGUCUGCGCCACCCGGCCGUGUUGCACGAGGUGAUGCGGAGCCAGGACCGCGCCCUCAGCAACCUGGAGAGCCUGCCGGGCGGCUACAACGCGCUCCGGACCAUGUACAUGGACAUCGUGGAUCCCAUGCUCAAUGCCGUGCAGGAGCAGUUCGGCCCAGGCCCCUUGGCCAGCUGUGCCCAGGGAGCCGGGGCCCGUUCGCCCCGGCCGGCCCGCACCGAGAACCGAGAACCGCUGCCCAACCCGUGGGCAUGGGGGGAGAGGGACCCCGACCUCUGUCCCGUGGUGGGACUGCUGGACCAUCCGUCCCGCCAUCCUGGGAAGACCCCCAGCCCCCCACCCGCUCGCAGUUCAGAAGAGGACGGGCGAGGAGGGAUGCGGCCCCUGGUGGACUCCAGGCCCCCCAGGCCCCGGGUGGAUGGUGCCCCCCAGGAUCUCCAGAGGCCGCCGCCGGUGUCCAGCCUGCCCAGCACCUUCUUCCCUGGGGCUGCGGGGCACUUCGACGGCCUGGGGUCUCCACGGGCCCCCAGCCCCCUGCAGGGUGACUGGCCUCCUACCGACCCGCUCAUGCUGCAGCUGCAGGCAGCCCUGGCCAAUCCCGCCGCCCUGCGGGCACUGUGCCAGAUCGAGGAGGGGCUGCGGACCCUGGCCGUCCAGGCUCCGCGCCUUCAGCUCUGGUUCCCGCUCUCCCCCACAGCCCCCGGGCCUGAGCAGGAACCCCCGCCUGUCUCCUUCCUCCGCAGGCUGCAGGGCCUGGCGGCCCCCGGCCCGCAGCCGGCCGCCCCUCUGCCCGAGACCCCCUUCCGGACCCAGCUGGAGCAGCUCCGGGCCAUGGGCUUCCUCAACCCCGAGGCCAACAUGGCAGCGCUGCUGGCCGCCGCCGGGGACGUGGAUGUGGCCGUGGAGAACCUCAGGAGGGCCCAAUCGUCCUAGCGGCCACGCCCCACCACCCCGAGUCCACCGGGACCCCAACCAAAUGAACUGGGCUGCACUUGG